CUCUCUCUUUCUCUCCUUGGUAAGCUCUUUCUCAUUUUCACACACGAUCUCUCUGUCUCUGUCUCUGCCUCUCUUUUUCUCUCUCGCUCGCCAAAACCCUUUUCUCUUAUUCCUCCUCCUCCUCUCCGAGCCCUCCAGCUUCUCCAUUUUGUUCUGAUUCCCGAAUUACCAAAAAAAAUUCCGUCUUUUGCUUCACUUUGUGCUUGCUCUGUUCUUCCCCUGCUCUACGCUCGAAAGGAAAAGAGAGAGCCUUUUUUUUUUUUUUCUCGGGCUUUCUUCUAUUUCUUUCUUUCCCCGCUGAAGAUCAUGGGUUUCUCGGAGAAGCCACAAGUGGGCGCAUGCCUAGAAUCCGAAGGAAGCAGAAAGUGGGUGAUCGCCGGAAUCUCCAUACGAGCCUCGCUCAAGCCCGUGAGCACCGAGCCGAAGCCCAGGACGAACAGAGACGACGCGGACGAGGAAGAGAGAGAGACGCCCUCGACGACACCGACGUCGAAAGAAUCCAGGAUACCCGAGAAACUGCAGUGCCCGCCCGCCCCGAGAAAGAGGCGGCCAUCGUCGUCGAGGUGUCAUUUUAAUGGCGUCAGAGAGUUCUUCAACCCUCCCGAUUUGGAAUCAGUGUUCAAGCGCCAUGUUGAGAGGACAAACUGAAGAAGAAGAAGAAGAAGAAGAAAGUAGUUUUGGUUAAUUUUCAGGAUGAAGCAGUUCUUUUUUUUUUUUUUACCUGAUAUUUUUGUCAUGAGUUUCUAUUGAUUGUUCCUUUGUCUUUCUAAUCUCCUCUCUUAAGAGAAGCUGACGGUGUACUAUAGAUUUAUUACGUCAUGAUGACUUCGUGAGAUAGUUUGUAUUGAUUUUUUCUUUUCUUUUCAGUUGACAAGUUUGUUUUUCAUCAAAAUUCUUGGGUUGCUUGCUUAA